UCAGCAUCGUCAAAGUCCGCUGACAGACCCUCAUGUCCCUCAGAGGAGAGAGUGUACAGAGCGGAGCAUCACCUCGCUGGAGCUGUUGAUUGGAUUAUUAUCGCUCUUCUUUUUUUGUAUUAUCAAAUGCGAAGAAGCAAUUAAAAGUACUCUUAACUUCACUGCAGGAGUUUACUCGCAAGAAAUGCUGUGUUUGGGAGAUUCUGCUGACUGCCUCCGGGACCAAGUGCAGUACAUGAUGAGAUCCCUGCAGGACCUGAAGCAGAUAAGCAGGCCGAGGCCUCUGAGUGAACCUUGUGUUCGGUCUUUUGCUGUAACUCGGCACUGCAAACAGAGGGCACAGCAGGAGAGACUCACCCGUCUACGUGUGUCCGACGCCAGUGAAGCCAGCACGUACGACUCUGCCUGCUGCCUGGCCAGCCCGCUGGAAGAAGAGGAAGAACACCAGGAGCACGAGCGGUUGACACGAGGCUCCCCCAGCAGCGAAAAGAGUCUGGACUUGGACUCAGGUUACUCUGAGGCUUCCUGGCAUGAUGAAGGCGUGGUGCUGAGGAGGACCAGAAACGUGCGAGUCUCCUCCUCCGCCUGCCUCCGCACAAACAGAGGACCUUCUGGACGAAUCCGGCCCAAAUCAACCUCAGACGCUUGCCUGGAGCGCUGGACCUCAUUUGAGGCCGGUAGCCCUGAGGACUGGACCACAUCCCUGCUGAGCCGCAGCAGGAACAGACAGCCUCUGGUCCUGGGGGACAACAGCUUUGCUGACCUUAUAAAGAACUGGAUGGACCUACCAGAGAGUCCUGAGCCAGCGCAACUAAAGCCCAGUGCGGGCCGGCGCCUUGCCAAAGACAUUCUGGUCAACAUGCGGCGCAGACUUGCAGGGAUGUCUAAAAGUGUGGAGGUGAGGCAGAGGCCAGCAGACUCCUCGAGGGUCAGCAGAGUUGCAGAGGCCCCCAAACGGAUGUCCUGUCCUGUGGGGCUCCAGGCUCUCAAACCUUUCUUUCACAAGUCCCACACAGGCCUUCACCAGAUGGACAGUGACUUCCACCAGUUCACUGCACUCAUGAAGACAGGCAGCCGACAGCCCAUCAUAUGCAAUGACAUUAUUGGAUACAUUUAAGUGAGGCUGCAACUACGGACCGAGUCUUUAACACAAAUAACAAUAAGAUUGUUUUAGUUUCGUAAUCGGAUUUUGUCCACCAUGUUGAUACAUUCGGAAUAAAAGUUUUGGGAAUUUUAAUAAAAAAUGUGUUCGGUCCCUAACUGAGUUUGAAAAGUGCUGAAUGUAAAAAUUGUACUAUUGAUUUUGGUUGACGUGUUUUAAGCCUCUUCUUAAUACUGCGUCCGACAUCGUCAGGGCUGCAUUAUGAUGUGACUCUUGACAGCUACAGUGAC